AUGGAAAGCAGCCAGCAGCAGGAGAGCUCUCACCCACCUGCACCAAGCUGUGUGUCCAAGCACAGUGACCAUUCAAGGGGAGGCCUGAUUGAUCUAAAAGACCAGCAUCCUUCCUCUGAAAACAUCAGCCAGCAGCAGGAGAGUCCUCCCUCACCUGUCGCCAGCUGUGUGUCCAUGCACAGUGAACAUUCAAGGGGUGGCCUGAUUGACUUUAAAGGCAGACAGGAUGCAUUGGAAACCAGCAGCCAGCAGCAGGAGAGCUCUCACCCACCUGCACCAAGCUGUGUGUCCAUGCACAGUGACCAUUCAAGGGGAGGCCUGAUUGAUCUAAAAGACCAGCAUCCUUCCUCUGAAAACAUCAGCCAGCAGCAGGAGAGUCCUCCCUCACCUGUCGCCAGCUGUGUGUCCAUGCACAGUGAACAUUCAAGGGGUGGCCUGAUUGACUUUAAAGGCAGACAGGAAACCAGCAGCCAGCAGCAGGAGAGCUCUCACUCACCUGCACCAAGCUGUGUGUCCAUGCACAGUGACCAUUCAAGGGGAGGCCUGAUUGAUUUUAAAGACCAGCAGCCUUCCUCUGAAAAAAUAGUCCACCAGAGGGGCUCAGAGUCUACCAGUAGAGAGUCUGUCCAGAAGCAUCAAACAGAUCUGGAGUCCAUAUUUAGGCUGCUUGAAGAAAACGUGAUCACAUUUGUGAAGAAUGAGCUGAGAAUCUUUCAAAGGGAUCUCUGUUCAGAUUGUGAUGAAGAUUCAGAAGGUCGGAAGAAAAAGACAGACAUGGUGGACGGUGAGGAGGAAGAGCGCAGGAGCAGCAGAGAGGCCCUUCUGAAGAUCACACUACACUUCCUGAGAAGAAUGGAGCAUGAGGAGCUGGCCGACCGUCUGAGGAGCAAAGCUGUUGUUCCUAUAUGCCAACGUAAAAUUAGAAGUAACCUGAAGGAGAAGUUCCAGUGUUUGUAUGAGGGAAAUGCUAAAGCAGGAAGCCCUACACUCAUGAAUGACAUUUACACAGAGCUGUACAUCACAGAGGGAGGGAGUGGAGAGCCCACUGACACACAUGAGAUGAGACAGAUUGAAACAACGUCCAGGACACCAUCAAGACCAGAAACUGUGAUCAAAUGUGAAGAUAUCUUCCUACCAUUACCGGGCAGGGGUUAUCAACCAACCCGAACAGUGAUGACAAAGGGAGUGGCUGGCAUUGGGAAAACAGUCCUAACACAUAAGUUCACCCUGGACUGGGCUGAAGGCAAAGCCAGCCACAACAUUCAGUUCACAUUUCCAUUGACAUUCAGAGAGCUGAAUCUGCUGAGUGGAAAAAAGUACAGCUUGGUUGAACUUCUUCACCUCUUCUUUACUGAGACCAAAGAAGCUGAAAUUUACAACUUUGACGAGUUCAAGGUCGCGUUCAUCUUUGACGGUCUGGAUGAGUGUCGACUUCCUCUGGACUUCCACAACAAUGAGAUCCUGACUGAUGUCACAGAGUCCACCUCAGUGGAUGUGCUGCUGACAAACCUCAUCCAGGGGAAACUGCUCCCCUCUGCCCGCCUCUGGAUAACCACACGACCCGCAGCAGCCAAUCAGAUUCCUCCUGAGUGUGUUGACGUGGUGACAGAGGUCAGAGGGUUCACUGACCCACAGAAGGAGGAGUACUUCAGGAAGAGAUUCAGAGAUGAGGAGCAGGCCGGUAGAAUCAUCUCCCACGUCAAGACAUCGCAAAGCCUCCACAUCAUGUGCCACAUCCCGGUCUUCUGCUGGAUCACCGCUUCAGUUCUAGACCAUGCUGUGAGAGCAGAGGAGAACAGGGAGUUACCCAAAACCCUGACUGAGAUGUACAUCCACUUCCUGUUGGUUCAGUCCAAAGUAGGGAAUGUCAAGUAUCGUGGAAGAGCUGAGACAGAUCCACUCUGGAACACUGAGACCAGUCAGAUAAUCCUGUCUCUAGGAAAACUGGCUUUUGAGCAGCUGCAGAAAGGCAACCUGAUCUUCUACGAAUCAGACCUGAGAGAGUGUGGCAUCGAUAUCAGGGAAGCAUCAGUCUACUCAGGAGUGUUCACCCAGAUCUUUAAAGAGGAGUGUGGGCUGAGCCAGGAAAAGCUGUUCUGCUUUGUCCAUUUGAGCUUUCAGGAGUUUCUGGCUGCUCUGUAUGUCUUUGUGACAUUCAUCAACACUGGUGUCAACCUACUGUCAGAACCAGAGCCAAGAUCCAGGUGGUGGCCCAUGCUAUUAUCAUUCAAAUCAAAUGAAGAGCCAAUCUUUCAGAGUGCAGUGGACAAGGCCUUACAGAGUCCAAAUGGACACCUGGACUUGUUCCUCCGCUUCCUCCUGGGUUUCUCACUGGAGACCAAUUACUCUCUUCUACGGGGUUUGUUGAAGCAGCCAGGAUGUGGCUCAUGUACCAAUCAUGAGACAGUCCAGUACAUCAAGGAAAAGAUACAGAAGAAUCCCUCCCCAGAGAGGUGCAUCAACCUAUUCCACUGUCUGAAUGAACUGAAGGACAGUUCUCUAGUGGAGGAGAUCCAAAAGUCCCUGAGUUCAGGAAGUCUUUCCACAGACAAACUGUCUCCGGCUCAGUGGUCCUCUCUGGCCUUCAUCUUACUGUCAUCCGAAAAAGACCUGGAUGUGUUUGACCUGAAGAAAUACUCUGCUUCAGAGGAAGGUCUCUUGAGGCUGCUGCCAGUGAUCAAAACCUCCAAAAAAGCUCUGCUGAAUCGUUGUAACUUGUCAGAGAGAAGUUGUGAAGCUCUGGCAUCAGUUCUGAGUACCAAAACUUCUGGUCUUCGAGAGGUAGACCUGAGUGACAAUGAUCUGCAGGAUACAGGAGUUAAAUUACUCUCUGCUGGACUCGGGAGUCCACACUGUAGACUGAAAACUCUGAGGCUGUCAGGCUGUCUGGUAUCAGAGGAAGGCUGUGCUGCCCUAGCCUCAGCUCUGAGCUCCAACCCUUCCCAUCUAAGAGAGCUGGACCUGAGCUACAACCAUCCAGGAGACUUGGGAGGGAAGCUGCUCUCCAAUGCCCUAAAGGACCCACGCUUGCAACUGACUACUCUCAGUGUGGAACAUGGGGGAGUGACAAGGUUAAAGUCAGGUCCAAAAAAGUACGCCUGUGAACUCACCCUGGACCCAAACACAGCGAACAGGAAGCUGUUGUUGUCUGAGGACAAUAGAAAGGUGACAGAGGUGAAAGAUGAGCAGCCUUAUCCGGAUCAUCCAGAGCGAUUUGACCACUGGAAGCAGGUUCUGUGUAGAGAUGGGUUGACUGGGCGCUCUUACUGGGAGAUGGAGUGGAAAGGAUGGGUUAAUAUUGGAGUGGCAUACAAAGGAAUCAAAAGGAAAGGGCAGAAUGAUGUCUGCUGGAUCGGACAGAAUGCCAAGUCCUGGAGUCUGUUACGCUGCGAUCAUAAUUACUCUGCCUGUCACAAAAACAGAAGAAAAGUCAUUCCCAUCCAGUAUUCCUUUGAUGCUGGCAGAGUAGCAGUGUAUGUGGACUAUCAUGCUGGCACUCUGUCCUUCUACAGAGUCUCAUCUGACACACUGAUCCACCUCCACACCUUCUACAUCACUUUCACUGAACCCCUCUAUCCUGCCUUUGGCUUAAACUCCAUUAACCCUGAAUCAUCAAUUUCUCUGUGUCAGACAAAGUAAAGUGACAUCUUGUCCGAAGAAACAUGCACUGUUUAAUGUAGACAACUGCUGAAUGGAAGGUGUAAUGAAUUAUACUUCAGUUGAGAAAACUGGCUAAGGGCUCAUUUCUGCUCCACAGACAUGGAUUGAUCCUUCUGUCUGUACUUAACAUUGAUUUUGUCUGCAUUUGUGCGCAUUUUCUGAAAGUUUACAGACACAAAAAAGUGCAGUACCCCUGGAAAUCGUGGGGGCAGUGUAGCGAAUAGUUCAUGCAAAUCGCAACCAACAUUUUUAACCUUUUUGAGGAGAAAUAAGUGAAAAGAAUUCUCCAUAUACAUGCUGCGAUGUGUUUAAUGGCCUUACAGAGCACUGCUGUCUACAACACUGCCUCUGCUAUUGCCUCAAGAAGUUCAUUACAAUUAUUAUUGUCAGAAACUUUGGACUAAUCCGCCCUCUAGUGGACAUAUUGCUUAACAUCUAUGCCAUCUAUGCAGGCAGUGAUGGUUACACACUGUAGUUUGAAAUGGGCGAUCUUUUGUUAUAGGCCUAUAUAGAGGGAGUAUAAAUGAGGCCUAACAGUUCUACGGUGAAGCCAGUUGAACAUGGUGAAAUCUACUGAAGUGGUCUUCUGAUGGUUGAAUAGCAUCAGAGACCCAUUUGUUUUUUAUCUUAUUUUGCUGCCCAUGUUAACAGAUUAAGGCCUUGUCCACAUAUACACAGGUCUUUUUGUUUUUUUAAAAACAGGGUAUUUCCCACAUUCAUUAGAAAAACCUGUCUACAUGAAAACACAAACUAUUAUACUUACUAGGGAUGGGAAUAAUUAAUCAAUGAUCGAUUAAUGGUGGUUUAGGAUUUGGUCAAUCACCUGGAAUUUUUAAUCGAUCUGUGUAUUUUUUUUCAAUUUUAAAUAUGACUGAGUAUCCGUACUCACCUAUAUACAGUCUAUGGUACUCACUGAAACACGGCCGAGCGUUCAGUUCUGCGGCCGUAUGUCAGUAAGCCAAUGAGCUGAGAAGUUGGAUAAAGCUGUUGAAAACAGAAAGUUGCAAUAACAAUUACUAAACACCCAGAAUUACGAAGGUAUUAAUUUGAAAAAAAAAUUGCUUACUGUAUCAAAACUUGCUAGCUUGAAUUACUAGGUUAAUUUUAUCCAAAACUUAUUUAAACACAAAACACGCUUAAAUAUGCAAGAUUACUAUAAAAAACUAACCUCAUGACUCUUCGGGGGCUGAAACAUAAAACACUCAACUCCUUGACAUUAUCUUUACAAUAUCACCUCACUCAAGUUAGUUUAACGAUCGACAGGAAGUCUCUUUUCGUCCUUUAAAAUAAAAGCGUCCCCAUUACCAUAUUAUACUUCCUGCUAUCCAUCUGAAUCAUCUGAACACCACUAAAGCGCUGAGAGCAUGCAUGUAAAGGAAUCCUACAACAAACAACCAGAGCCCAACCUGUUCCAUGCCAAAGCCAAUGGACUUUAUUUACACAUCCAGUUUGUAUAACAUGGUCACCCAGAAUUCAAUUUGCCAUACACAAGUAAAAGAAAUCAAAGUGAACAUGUGUGAUGUUACAGAUUAUAUUUUUUUCAUCAUGUUGAAUUUUAAUCCAGUUAAAUACUUUGGCUAUGACACUUUUAAGCGUGGUAUAUAUUAUUGACUCUAUAAUACAAUCUACUACACGUUUUAUUGUGUCAAAAUUAGCGAAAUUACUUGCACAUAAAUAGGAACUAGAUUCUGUACAACAUUUACAAUGUAUGAAAUCACAAAUACUGUGUCUUAAAGUAAAAAAAUGUCAACAUAAAAAAACGCUCACUCACAAUGGCAACAGUGGAUAAAAUCAUAUCUGGACUGCUUCAGUAAUCAAUUUUUUAUACAUUGUAUGCAAAUGCACAAAUAAUGUGAAAGAACAAGCAAAUGGACUAUGAAAAAUUCACAAGGUGAACAACUUGUGCAAUGAAGCAAAACUUUGAUAACUUUGUAACUUCAUAUAGUGCUCACUAUGGCAGCUUAAGACUGCUCUCUUCACUGCGUGGAAUACCUUUUCAGUGUGUUUAGCUAGCUUAUCCAGGUCACUGUGGCUGUGACAAGUAUGUGUCAAACGAUACAUUAUUAAAUAUUUAGGUGAAAUUAUUUCAAGUAAUUUACAACACAGGUGGAAUAAUGAGGAUCUUCCCCUCAUUCACAAAGACACUGAAGGCAGCGUUUUAAAUGUGUAGGUUGUUUGAAGUGAGCAGGUGCUUUUUUUUAUAGAACAUUGCAAAGUAAACAGUAUUAUUGGAAAUAAUGUCAAUUCAUACAACACUAAUAUUGUAUUUGUAGUAGGCUAAGGAUAAGUGUAUGCACAACUGUACUUAAGGUGGCCUUUGGCGUUUCGUGUAACUAUAAGAACACUGUAUUUUUGGGAUCUGAAAGAACUUGUUGAGUCCAUUUUUUCCCCCAAUAAAACAAUUGCAAAGUG